UAGACUGAUGCAAUGGUUUUGUACCUUUUCCUCAGAAAUGGCUCCUCGUAAGGGUAAGGAAAAGAAGGAAGAACAGGUGAUCAGCCUGGGACCUCAGGUCGCCGAGGGUGAAAAUGUCUUUGGAGUCUGCCACAUUUUCGCUUCCUUCAACGAUACCUUCGUUCAUGUCACCGACCUGUCGGGAAAGGAGACGAUCUGCCGUGUGACGGGUGGUAUGAAGGUGAAGGCCGACAGAGACGAGUCUUCUCCCUAUGCUGCUAUGCUGGCAGCUCAGGAUGUGGCCCAGAGGUGCAAGGAGCUGGGGAUCACUGCCCUGCACAUCAAGCUGCGUGCCACUGGAGGGAACAGAACUAAGACUCCAGGACCUGGUGCACAGUCUGCCCUCAGAGCUCUGGCUCGUUCUGGCAUGAAGAUCGGCCGUAUCGAGGAUGUCACCCCAAUUCCAUCAGACAGCACCCGCCGAAAGGGUGGACGCCGUGGACGACGUCUGUAAACUGUUCAUUUUUUUUCUGUAUCACUCAAUAAAAACGUCAAAUCCACUUUG